CCUAGUCGUUGCUCGUCCGUCUCGCACGUUCUCUCAUCUUCUCGUUCAUCAAACUCUUCGUUAUAACCGUUUAGUGUAGGUACCGCCUAGGUAUUAUACUACUAUAUACACCCUACCAGCUAACUUUCGGUUAUAGUAGCUAUACACAAAGUGAACGCAAAAGAGAAUUCAGUCAAAAGUGUUCCGACAUGGUCGUUAUGUUCAAACAAGAAUACGAUGAUCAUAGUAUGAGUAAUGAAUACAGUUACUCUCGUGGUCGACCACCGACAGAAUCUAUUUCUCGCAUCGCCGACUGGGAUAUCAACGACUCAAUUAUACCAAAGGUGAGCAGUUUCAAUCACUGGGAAGAAUGGGCUGAUGGCCAUUGUCGCCUGGUGUACCCGUCGAAUUGUGAGGAGGCCAAGAGACACGCUUCUGGAUGGGCAAUGAGGAAUACAAACAAUCACAAUGUGCACAUCUUGAAGAAAUCUUGUCUAGGUGUCCUCCUGUGUUCUAGAAGGUGCGUACUACCAAAUGGCGAUACAGUCCACCUAAGACCAGCCAUAUGCGACAAGGCCAGGAAAAAGCAACAAGGUAAACCCUGUCCAAACCGCCAAUGCAGUGGGCACUUGGAAAUAAUGCCCUGUCGUGGACACUGUGGCUACCCGGUCACUCAUUUCUGGAGACACACCGAACAUGCCAUUUUUUUUCAAGCAAAAGGUGUGCAUGAUCAUUUAAGGCCGGAAGCCAAAUCAACUUCAGAAGCCCGGAGAAGUUUAAAAAUCAGGAACUUUGGUAUGUUAGUGUCAAGAGAUGUUUCAUUCAACAACGGCAAGACUUCAACUUCAAGGAAACAAAAGUCAGUAAACACUCGAGAUCGGAAGACCCGGGGCUCUAAGCGCGAACGAUGGCUGUUGACGCGGAAGACUUGGAGGUACAUGGCGGACGCCGGCAGGAAACUGAUACCCGAAGGCGUGGCCAACAGGCCGGAAGACGUACCCAAAAUAGAGGCUUACUUCCAAGAGGUGUGCCAAAAAGAACCGAAAUUUUUGCUUUGGAGAAAACAGUCGUAUCCGGGCGCGUUAGGGUUCCGGUCACGCGGCAGACCUAGGAGUGGAAGACUAAAGAAAGUCGGUAGCGUUCGAGAAAACACGAGUAGCGCGGACGAAGCCGAAGGUGCUGCCCGAGUGCCUAGUGUAACUUUCCUGGCUCACCCUAAACCUGCCGGCCGAUAUGAAUUAGAACAGAUGAGAAAAGAAUUUCUGUUUGGAGCCGCUGAGCAGAACGAUAACUCAAACGCGAGUGAUGGGAAAUCUUCGGCCGAAUCCCAAUCCGACUUGGUGCAAAUCAUCAACGAUUAUAUAAGGAAUCCGGCCGGGGAAGCGUCGCCGCCCGAAGGACCACCACUGGACCACGAGAAACUAUUGGAGAAGCUCGAAGAUUAUAUAUCGAAAGCAGAAGAAAUGCCGGACAGCUACCGCGGGUCGGACAGUAAGAAAUCCUUACGGUCCUAUAUAUUAGACAGUGAUAACACGCAAAAAAACUUACUGGAAACUCUAAGGAGAUACUAUGCGCGAUCUACCAACAGAGAAAAAAUUAUCGGUGACAUACUCAUGGACCGAAAGCUAUUGGAAAACUUGUACUUCGAAUUACGAAAAACCAGAGGAUUUCUGGGUAGGAGGAUGAUAGGUUCGUCGUCAAAUAUAGGGCUGGGCUCUUUGAACUCACUGAAUUCAACUUGGAAAGACAAUCAACGGUCGUCCGACGACCGGAUAAACGCGUCCACUAGCGAAUACUUAAAACUUUACAACGAUAAACAAAGAAAUUUGUUCUUGCCCAACAAAAAUAUCGGUUAUCUGUCGUCUCCACCGCCUGUCAUCGAAAUCGAAGAUGUUGAAGACAAAUACGUGGACGUGGGCGUGCAAACGAUGCCCUUAGAGCCGGGAGUGCUGGGGCUGAUCGAAGAGGAAAACCGCAGGAAGUCAGACGGUCUAGCCGAAGUCGUCGAUAACUCGUCAAAGGCGCCUUCCAAAGUCCUUCAACGAAAAACUAGCGUCGACAACGACGACAUAUCACCGUCGGUGAGCGACACCAUUAAACGAUACCUGAGAAUGGCCAGGAAGAAAAGCGUCGAUUCCGACAAGAUUGACAGAUUCAAAAGGGUCAACUACGAUAGGAACAUAAGGAACAUAAAAGGAAAAGGAGAACCAGACAUAUGCGAGGGUGACGACAUCAAUAGAUCUAUACAAACUGACGAUUCGUGGUUAUCCGUUUUAAAAACCAUCGAUGACAACUCAGGAUCUAGAAUGACCAGUUCCAGGAGCAGCAUCGACACCGGCACUACUUUUAGCGGAGAAGAACUGUUAUCGCCACCUUUGUCUCCGCCGAAAUCCCUCAACGCCCCCGGAAUGCAGAAAUCAAGAUCUUCAACCAAUGUUCAGCAGGGGUUUAUGUCCAAAAGAAUAUGGAAAGGACGUUCAAAGAGUCAGACAAGGGCUAAUACAGUUUCUUCGCCAUGGGCUCCACUAGGUAACUGUUUAUGGUUGCAUGCUAGUGGAAAAUCCAUCUUACUUAAAGACUUGUCGCUUCUGGAUCUUACUGACCUUGAAAAGGAAAUACUAUCGUACGUUGCUUUAAACAAGCUUCAAGAAAUAAAUCUUGGAGCUCCUUUGAGAAUCCCUACAGGAAACGUGCUUUCCGGUCCGAAGAAACGAAGGCCAUAUCUUUUGAAAAGGAGAGCGAAUACCACUGGCAAUUUAAAAGAUAAAGAUGAGAAUGAAAGCCUAUAUCCACAAACAAUAUUUGGCGUUUCGCUAAAUGAUUGUGUAGAGCAAGAACGUUCGUCAAGAUCUCACUUAAAGGUCCCAGCUGAGGCGCAAUAUGUGCCAAAAUCGCCUCGAGCACGGAGUAGCUUUUCGAGUUACAUCGAAGUUCUAAAAGAUCCCAGUGAGCGAUCUCAUUCCUGUGACUCCACAGCAAAUCCGCCCGUCAGCGAGUUAAUCAAGACUUUUACUACAAGUUCCAAUUCGAACACAUUGUCUUAUGACCAGGACAAUACUUACAGUAAACCUAUUAGCAACCACGGGGUGCCUAGUUUCGUCACAUCGUGUUUGAAUUACUUAGAAGAUUACGGACUACACAAAGUAGGAGUAUUCCGGAUAAGCAGUUCGAAAAAACGUUUGAGACAGCUUCGAGAAGAUUUCGACCAUGGAAAAUCUUUAGAGAGCAUACUGUCUAAAACCGAGGACCACGUGCACGAUGUGGCCACACUGUUAAAAGAAUACUUUAGAGCGUUGCCCGACUCGCUUCUGUGCAACGAUCUAUACCAAUGUUUCAUUCAAACUCAAAAAAUCCGUAACAGGAAAUUACAGUUGGAUGCGAUAAAACACCUAAUUCAACUGUUACCAGUAGCAAACCGCAAUACACUCCACGUCUUACUUAUGUUCCUCAGCAAUAUGGCUAAAUACUCCGAAGACACGAAGGAUUCUUGCGGACAUUUGGUCGAAGGCAAUAAAAUGGACGCUAGCAACUUGGCUACAUUAUUUGCGCCAAACAUUCUUCACAAAUCUAUCAAGGAGAUCAGUCCAAAUGACUUGAGUGAAGAAAUGACAAUGGAAAGGAGACUAGCUAUCGACGUAGUUACGUCUUUGAUUGAAAACCACGAAUAUUUGUUUAAGGUGCCCGCUGAACUCCUUGAUGAGGUGUACGUUCAAAUGGCAGACACGAAUCCUGAAGCUUUAGACAAUGUGAUGAGAUUGCGAUUUUCAUUCAUCGAAAAAAAUAUCCAGAAUGGCUCUAAUCAGGAUUCGUUGUUGAACGUGCCGGCAAAAGACGAAGGUAGCGUUUCGCCAGAUUUAGAAUCGACCAGACUCGGGGACGCUCAAGGGAAAAAAGUAUGGACUCGUGGAGAAUUUACGCAUCGGAACGCUGGAAUCGGUGGACCUGACGACACUGACGAGUAUAGAUACAAGUCUAGAGAACGAGAAACGCGAAGGGGUCGGAGCAAAGCGUUUUUUCCUGAUGACGUCGAGUCGUUCACUUAUCCGGUUUUCGAACGAAUGCACGUUAACAAGAAAUCCGAAGAGCAACCAAGCGGCCAGUCGCAAUCCAACGGGGACCAAGCAAACAAUGACGAUGGAGUGAUUACUGGCAGUCUGAUGAUACCGGUGCCCGUAAAGCAUUUGCCGUCUCAAUCGUUGAACGUCGAGGACACCGAUAUACCGUUUAUCGAGGACGAGAGCAGACAAAAUAAUAGUUCUGCGGCGAAUCAUCAACGUUCGACAGCGUCCGCAGUGUCAUCGGAAAGUAGUUCAGUGUCUAGUCCGCCGACUUCACCCGACAACGUUGGCGCCGAGUAUCACAAACGAACUGCCAAACUAGAUGACAAGUCUAACACGUCCCCUACGGCUAAAGACGCACCGGCAAAAGACAUGGAGGCCGACCACUUGAAAGCCGACAAAAAAGUCAAAGAGAAAGACAUCAAGUUUUACCAGAAGAUUUUAUCCAGCACCGGGCUGGAUAGAUUGUCGAAAAGUGCCAGUGCCACUGGUGUACCCAAGACUCCGCUGUACAAAGAGAAAUUCAAACACGGCCACGAAGAUAUAUCUACACUGUCACCUGACGCCUCCAAAGGGUGUUCAAGUAUAUCCAGUAUAGGCGGAUCCGUGUUGCGGUCGAAAACAGCAGACAUUGAGCACAUUCUGCUCAAGCAAGCGGCUUCGAAAUCCAGAAAACCCAGUCAGAUCAAUUCGGGGUUAGAAAAACCCAAAAGGAAAACUUCAGCCGAACCGACCAGACACCCGUUGAGGAUGGAGCCCGACCCUAACGUUGGCGAAAGACUGGCCGGAUGUUCAUCUUACCGGUCGCCGUCGCCAACCAGGAACGUUUGGAAAAGAAAAGACGUCAUAUCCAGCAUGCCAAAGCACAAAAACCCGUACACGUGAACCGCAUCACGCUAUAUACUUACUGUCAGUGUUGAAUAAAUACCCUCCUCUCUCGACCCCCCCCCCCCCCGCACAACACCAUCACACUAUUGCUUUCGCGGAAGUUAAACCGUAUAAAAAAAAAAAUAAAUAAAACAAGGUUAAGGCGCGUAUAUGUCUAAAAAACAAACCAAAAAAGUUAUCGUUUCUCAACGAUAUAAUUAUUAUGUUAUUUAUAUUUUCACGCUUACUAAUUAAUUUUUUAUACUUUUGAAACUAUUUUUUUUUAAUUAAAUUUAAAUAUUUUUAUAAUUAUUAUUAUCGUGUACAAAAAGUUGUUAGUAUUUAAGACUCGAGUUGUCAGAAAUUAUUUAUGUUAAUUUAUCGCCCGCCCAACAUUAUGAGGACAAAAAUGAGAAUUUCUAUACAGACUAUAUUAUUAUCUUAUGAUGGUAUUGUUUUUUAUGAAUGAUGUACGUAUUGUAACCGCAGUGAACCUGUGUUUUCCCGUACCUAUCUAUGUAUACACCGCGUAAUGUUCUGUUGACAUUUUCAUUAUUUUAACAUAAUUAAACAAAUAGAGUGUUUAAAUAUGAUGUUAAAAUAAACGAAAUUCCAUCGAUUCAAAAACUAUAGU